AGCGCGCUCCUGCUGAUGCCGUCCCGGCCCCGCAGGACCUUCAUGCGCGAUGCCGAGGCCAUCGCCUGCAGCCGGCGCAUGAACAGCCUGACCCUGAACCGGCACACGGAGAUCCUGGAGAUCCUGGAGAUCCCGCAGCUCAUGGACACCUGCGUCCGUAAUGGCUACUACGAGGAGACUCUGGAGCUCACGGCCUACGUGCGCAGGCUGGAGAGGAAGCACAGCAGCAUCCCCGUUAUCCAGGGCAUCGUGGACGAGGUGCGCCAGUCGGCCCAGCUGAUGCUGACCCAGCUGAUCCAGCAGCUGCGCACCAACAUCCCGCUGCCCGCCUGCCUGCGCCUCAUCGGCUUUCUGCGCCGCAUGGACGUGCUGACCGAGGCCGAGCUGCGCCUCAAGUUCCUGCAGGCGCGGGACGCCUGGCUGCGCUCCAUCCACGCCUCCAUCCCCGAGCACGACCCCUACCUGCACAUCACCAAGACCAUCGAGGCCUGCCGCGUGCACCUGUUCGACGUCAUCACCCAGUACCGCGCCAUCUUCUCGGACGAGGAGCCGCUGGUGCCGGCCGAGGGCGCGGCGCCGGCCGAGGGGGCCAUCUUCCACGGCUGGGUGCUGCAGAAGGUCUCCGAGUUCCUGCGGACGCUGCAGCGCGACCUGGAGCGCGGCGUGGGCGGCCGGCUGGACUCGCUGCUGGGCCAGUGCAUGUACUUCGGGCUGUCCUUCAGCAGGGUGGGCGUGGAUUUCCGUGGGCAGCUGGCCCCCCUCUUCCAGCGCGUGGCUGCCGAGGCCUUCAGGAAGGCGGUGGAGGAGGCAGUGGAGAAAUUCCGAGAGGAGAUGAAUUCCUACACGCUGAUCUCGGCGCCGGCCGUGCUGGGGGGCAGUGCAGCGGUGCCGGUGCCCACAGCCCAGCCUGGGACGCUGCAGCCCCCCAUGGUGCUGCUGGACUUCCCACCCCUCGCCUGCUUCCUCAAUGGGCUCCUCGUUGCCUUCAAUGACCUGCGGCUCUGCUGCCCCAUCGCCCUGGCGCAGGACGUCACCGCCUGCCUGGACAGUGCCCUUGGUGAGGUGACCAAAACCAUCCUGGCCUUCCACCGUGCAGAGGAGGCAGCUUUCAGCGGGCGGGAGCAGGAGCUCUUUAUCCAAUUUUGCACAGCCUUCCUGGAGGACCUGCUGCCCUUCCUGAACCGCUGCCUCCAGGUGCUUUUCCCUCCAGCACAGAUUGCGCAGGCACUGGGUGUCCCUCCCACGCAGCUGCAGCGUUUUGGCCCCCGGCGGCUGGCGGCGGCGCUGGCGGCCGGGCUGCGGAGCAGGCCGUGCCUGGGGCUCAGCGCUCCGCAGCUCGGGGUGCCGCUCAGGGUGUUCGCCGCAGAGCUGCCGCCCGCCCGCUGCGCCCGGUACCCGCCGGCGCUGCGCCAAGCGCACGGCAUCGAGCCCUUCCCGCUCCGCGUCCUCGUCAACCCCGCGCUCCGCGUCCUCGACACCCGACUCGUCACCGGCCCCGAGGGCUGCGCCAGCAUCCACGGCUUCUCCGCCUACGUCCCGCGGCACUGGGCCGUUCACGUCUCCGGCGUGGACGAGUGCGGGGUGCCGGUGAGCUGGGAGGCGUCGGGCUGGGCCGCCCGGAUCAUCCAGCACGAGAUGGACCACCUGGAUGGGAUCCUGUACAUCGACCGCAUGGACCCCCGCACCUUCACCAACGUCAGCUGGAUGGAGCUGCUGGACUGACCCCACUUCGCCCACAAGCGCCUGCCCUGCCCCUGGUGAAAGAACCAGCGCAGCUCUGGGGGCUCCCACUCAGCUUUAUUGCAGCCAAUACAGACCUGUGGCCUCAGCGUGCCUCUGGCCCUUCCUGCCCACACUCCCCGGGGCACCGGGAAUUCCUUUGAGGGUCUAGUGACAACCUGCUGCCAAGGCUGUGCAGGGGAGGGGCAAAGAGGGGAUCCUCCCCUGUGGGGCUUGUGGUCACGGUGUGGGCAGCAGCUGGGCACAGCACAGGGGAUGGGGCUGGGGGCAGUGAGGCUGAGCGGAGCCCAGGGACUGCACAGGAGGACAUGGGGUGUGGGCUGGCGGGUAUCAUCAGCUGGUGGCUGCUCCAUCCAAGUAGCCCCUGCUGUAGGCACAAAUCCCUGUCUGAGAUGGUUGGAGUGUGAGGAACCCCCAGCCCCUUGGGACAGGCAGAGGCCUUGGCCCUGGGUCAUUGCAUUUUGGGGGGUGGGAGGCUGGGCUGAGCCCCCUAAUGUGGUCAGAGCCCUUGGGGAGUGGCUGGGCACUGGCUGAAGCUCUCCAGAUUGUUUUUAUUUUCAUAUAAACAAGACAGAACCCAAAGCAGCAUUAAGUUAAAAAAUAAAAAAGAGCAGGAAGAAGAGUGGGGUG